AUAGUUUGUCCUGUUUUUCCCUCCACGGCCACUGUAGGUCCUACUUUAUUCUAUUUCCGGUUGAGAGCUUAGUUUCCUGUAGCGGCAGUUAACGUGAAGGUCGUGACUACAGACAGCUGAUUCAUCAAUCAUGUCUCUGCCCAAACCUGUAAUGAGGGGUCUGCUGGCUAGACGUCUGAAGUUACAUCUGCCUAUCGCCUUCGUUCUGGCUAUAGGGUCUGCCAUUGCAUUCAAGUAUACAGUGACAGAGCCCAGGAAGCAGGCCUACGCUGACUUCUACAAAAACUAUGACUCAGAUAAAGAGUUCAAUGCCAUGAAAGAAGCUGGGAUCUUUGAGAGCGUCCAGCCUUCUGGAGAGUGAAGACACUUUUGCUCCUCCUUUGCGUUGGUUCCUGUUUUGAAGAUGAAGUUCCUGCUCAGCUUCAUGGAUGUCUAUUAAUUCAAAGUCAACUGUUUUUUUUGUUUCUGGAAAUAAAAUAUUAUAUUAAUGUAAAAA